AUGAGUGGUGGAUUGUGUCCUAGCAAGAGUACAAUAUAUGUGAGCAACCUACCCUACUGUCUGACUAAUAAUGACUUACAUAAGAUAUUUGAAAAGUUUGGAAAAAUUGGAAAAGUGACUGUUUUAAAGAACAAAACAACUCGGGAGAGUCAGGGUGUGGCCUUUGUUUUGUUUGUGGAUAGAGCAUCAGCACACAAAGCAGUGAGAGUAUUGAAUAACCGAGAAAUGUUUGGGAGAACUCUAAAAUGUAGCGUUGCUAAAGAUAAUGGACGUGCAGCUGAAUUAUUAAGAGAAAAGUGUACAAAAGACAAAUCAUUUUGUUAUGAAUGUGGGUGUAUAUCAGGACAUUUAAGUUAUCAAUGUCCUAAUAAUGCAUUAGGAGAUCGACAAUUGCCACAAAAAAAAAGAAAAAAAGAAAAGAUUUUGAAUGAGGAUGCCAGUGACUAA